ACAGCCGGCUCGCGGCCGUGCCCACAAGUUGCCGGCAGCUGAGCGCCGCGCCGCCUCCUCCCGCUCGCAGCCCCCCAGCGCCCACCCCGCGGCGGUCGCCGGCCCCUGGACGCACAUCCCGCGGACGCCCACCCCAGAUGUGAAGCGGCACCGCAGCCCCUCGCCCCCCAGCCCCUCGCCCCCCGGCGCCAUCGACAGAGUCUCGCCAGCGUCUCCUCUGCCAGACCCCGCGGCUGGAAGAUGUGGCAGCCGGCCACGGAGCGCCUGCAGCACUUUCAGACCAUGCUGAAGUCUAAGUUGAAUGUCCUAACACUGAAAAAGGAACCUCUGCCAGCAGUCAUUUUCCAUGAGCCUGAGGCCAUUGAGCUGUGCACCACCACGCCCCUGAUGAAGACCAGGACUCACAGUGGCUGCAAGGUGACCUAUCUGGGUAAGGUCCCCACCACAGGCAUGCAGUUUUUGUCAGGCUGCACAGAAAAGCCGGUCAUCGAGCUCUGGAAAAAGCACACGCUAGCCCGAGAAGACGUCUUUCCAGCCAAUGCCCUCCUGGAAAUCCGACCGUUCCAAGUGUGGCUCCAUCACCUCGACCACAAAGGGGAGGCCACGGUGCACAUGGAUACCUUCCAGGUGGCCCGCAUUGCCUACUGCACCGCCGACCACAACGUGAGCCCCGACAUCUUCGCCUGGGUUUACAGGGAGAUUAAUGACGACCUGUCCUACCAGAUGGACUGCCACGCUGUCGAGUGCGAGAGCAAGCUGGAGGCCAAGAAGCUGGCCCACGCCAUGAUGGAGGCCUUCAAGAAGACUUUCCACAGUAUGAAGAGCGACGGCCGGAUCCACAGGAAUGGCUCCUCGGAAGAGGUGUCCCAGGAAUUGGAAUCCGAUGACGGCUGAGUGAACUGAGGAUGCUUCAGCAAAGGCAGCAUUGGUCAAGGAGUUCAAGACGAGCGAUUAAUAAGCAAUGAUUCAAAUUUGUGAUGAAAAGACUGCCAAAUUAUUGGCUGACCAAGCUUUUUAAAUUCAGAAGGGCAAUUCUAAAUCUAAAGAAAUGUAUUAUUAAAGUAAUUACAUUGAAA